UUUUGCUUUCACUUUCACUUAGUUAUCAGCCUGUUGUGCAGUUUUGUAGAAACUAGAAGAAUUAUGCACCGUAUAAUCGCAUUUGCGUAAUCAAAGUACAGAUCUAGGCAUAUAGAAGAUUUUCAACUAACUCGGCGUGUACGAUUUAAGGGAUUUCCAUAGGUAUUCCCCGUGUAGACUGUAAAUACUAGGGUGUUUCCCCAAGUUUUUAGUCGUGCGUCAUCACCCUUCCGUAUGGUUUAACCUACUUUGUUCCUCUUAUAGCCUGUUCCUCUGUUGUCAGAUUUCAACGGUGAAAGUUUAUAGGCAUACCGGUCAAAUUGCUAUUUGUUGAUCAUUAACGGUAGAUCGGUCUUCAUUGCUGGAUUAUCAUACGUGACUCUUCUACCAAAGACCAUGGCUCUUUCGGACCAGCUUCAGGCCAUUAAUCAAACAGCGGAGGCUCUCAGCAGCUGUGAACGCAGGAGGCUCUUCUACCUGUGUGAAAUCUUGGACACGGACAACAGCGAGGCUUGUACGAAGGAGAUGCUGAAAUCUAAAGUGUUGUGUCACGAGAGAGGUAACCUGUUUCUGACAGAGCUGAUGUUGCAGUUAAGACGUUUUGAUAUCCUGAGGAAGGUGUACCAAACGAGCAGAGAUGAGGUGGAGAAGACUCUGAAACACAACCAGGUUCUGCCAAGAUUCAGAGUAUUGAUGACUAAUAUAAAUGAUGAUAUGGCCAAUGAGGAUCUGAACAAUGUGAAAUUCUUGUUCAGCAGCACGUUGUCCCGUGAGCAGAUGGAAAAAGCAAAGAGUUUCUUGGAUGUGAUCAUUGAACUUGAGAAGCUGGAUAUAGUUUCACCUGAAAGAGUUGACUGUAUAGAGAAAUGUUUGAGAAACAUUGGCAGGGUCGACCUUGCCAAAAAAGUGACUGCAUACAAGAUGUCAGCUGUGACAUCUGAAGGACAUUUAUCUCAACAGCAAAGGUACACAGCUCAUUGUCCAGUCCCCACUCCAAGUAGUUCUCUACAGCAAACAAGACUGGCACAGCCCCUCCACAUUGCCACAGAAAACAUACCGCUGCCUGUAGACAGAGAGCAGAACUGUCAGAGUCAACUAGAUUGUUACAAAUUUAACACAAAUCCUAGAGGAGUUUGUGUUAUCAUAGACUGCGUGGGUAAUGACGGAGACAUGUUGGAACAUACAUUUAAGAAUCUUCACUUCAACGUGGUCCUCCGCAAGUGGCUGAGUGCGGAUGAGACUAUUUUAGCUCUCAAAGGAAUAUUGAGACAAAGAGAGAACCUUGAAGGUGAUGGCUUUGUCUGUUGCAUCAUUAGCCGCGGUACGGAAAACAAUCUCCUGGGUACCGACUCGUACGCUGCAAGUCUACGUUUGGACUUUGUCCGACGUCUUUUCACUGCUGAUGCAUGUCCCAUGCUGGCUGGCAAGCCCAAACUCUUCUUCAUCCAGAGGUACAAUGUCCCUGGGGAUGAGGAUCUGGAGACAGAUGGGUGUGAUGCGCGGUCCAGAUGUGAUAUCAUUCCUACAGAUGCAGAUGUGUUCUGGAGUCACUGCUGGACGGAUGGACGGCAACUGGAGCAAGGACACCAUCGCUCCAUUUACCUGAAGGCUCUGACAGAUGCAUUACACAAAGGUCAAACGAGGAAAACACAUCUUGUUGAUGCUCAUACCGAAGUGAAUGGGGCCAUCUUUGAACAUAACAAGAGGAAUCCUGGAGCACACUACAACCUCGAUCUGAAACAUACUUUAAGGAAAAAUCUUUACUUACAAUAGACCAUCACCAUCACUUCCACUAAA